AUGGCCCAUCAGACACUGAAGUAUGGCCUUUGGCUUCUAGUAGUGACCUUAGCCAUUGCUCAAAUGGCUAAUGCCGGCGAUCCUAAUAUCCUCUCUGAUUUCAUCCUUCCCCCAAAUGUGACAGACGUUGACGGCACCUUCUUCACCUUCACCGGCUUUCAGGCCCUAGCUAACUCAAAGAACACAACAACGUUUAAGGUCACAAAAGCCAGCAUGGUCGAGUUCCCAGCGCUCAACGGUCAGAGCGUAUCGUAUGCAGCACUACAAUAUCCGGUGGGGUCCGCCAAUCCGCCUCACACCCACCCUCGUUCAGCAGAGCUCCUGUUGGUCAUGGUCGGGUCGCUCGAAGUGGGCUUCGUUGACACGACGAACAAGCUCUACACCCGGACCCUUUAUGCAGGAGACAUGUUUGUGUUCCCCAAGGGACUGGUGCACUACCAAUACAACACCAAUGCUCAGGAUUCCAUUCCAACACUUGCGUUCUCCGCCUUUGGAAGCGUGAAUGCCGGGACUGUAUCGCUUCCGGCGACCCUCUUUGCAACGGGCAUCGACGAUACAAUCCUUGCCACAUCAUUCAAGACGGAUGUCGAGACUGUUCAAAAGCUCAAGGCUGGACUUGCACCCAAACCCUAAAAUGAUUAUUGAGAUCAAUCGGUGUGUUGCUCUA